UAGAAAAAGCCAUUUGCAAACUGUUCCAUGGAAUAAUUGCAGAACCAUAUUUAUAGUCAAAGUCAAGCUAAGAGAAGACUCGAAAGGACAUACAGUAGCUUUAUUUAACUAGCUUGAACCCUUACAUACCAAAUUGCAAUGCUAAGAAAUACAGAAAAUAAUAUGAGAUCAGCUAGGAAGACUUGUGUGGUUCUCUUUCACAUUCUGCUGUUUUCAUUACUUUCUUUGAAGAUUACUGCAUCACCGAGAACUCAAGCCGACGCUCUCAUCAAAUGGAAGAACACCUUCAGUUUUCAACCUUCUUCUCUUGCUUCUUGGUCACUCACCAACAUCAACAAUCUCUGCAACUGGACUUCCAUUGUUUGCGACUUCGCCGGAACAGUUUCUAAGAUAAACCUCUCAGGAGAAAACAUCACUGGGGUUCUCACAGAAUUCAACUUCACUGAAUUUUCAACUCUCACUCACUUUGACCUCAGCAGCAACAAUAUUGAUGGAGACAUACCCUCUGCCAUUGGUAGUCUCGCUAAGCUAGCUUACUUGGAUUUGGGAUCCAACAUUUUUGGAGGCAUCAUUCCUUCGGAUAUAGUGCAGUUAACAGAGCUUGAGUAUCUUAAUCUUUCCAACAACUCUCUCAAUGGUACCAUCCCUCAUCAACUUAGCAACCUUCAAAAGGUAUGGUACUUAGACCUUGGAGCAAACUUUUUAGAAUCCCCUGACUGGUCCAAUUUUUCAGCUAUGCCUUCGCUGCAACACCUUAGCCUUUACUACAAUGAACUUCAUUUGGAAUUUCCUUCUUUUGUAUUAAAUUGCCGGAUCUUGACCUACCUCGAUUUGUCACUGAAUAAGUUGAGUGGUCAAAUACCAGAACUUGUUUUUACAAAUCUGGGCAAGCUUCAAUACCUCAAUCUCACAGAGAAUCAAUUCCACGGACCAUUAUCAACAAAUAUUUCCAAGCUUUCCAAUCUCGUACAACUUCGCUUUGCAAGUAACAAACUUAGCGGUCCAAUUCCUGAGGAUAUAGGUUUGUUGUCUGAUCUCCAAAUGAUUGAAUUGUUUAACAAUUCUUUUAGUGGGAAGAUUCCAUCUUCUUUAGGCCAACUCAAAAAGCUUCAGAUACUUGAUCUCCGUCUCAAUGCCUUAAAUUCGACCAUACCCUCUCAGCUUGGCCUUUGUACUAACCUUACGUACUUGGCCUUGGCAAUAAAUCGGCUCAGCGGGGAGUUGCCUUUGUCCUUGUCAAAUCUGAUCAAAUUGUCUGAAUUGGGUUUGUCUGAUAAUUUACUCUCCGGUGAGAUUUCACCUGAUCUCAUUUCCAGUUGGACUGAAUUGGUCUCGCUGCAGCUUCAAAACAAUUCCUUCACAUGGAAGAUUCCACCAGAAAUUGGCUUAUUGACAAAUCUUAAUUACCUUUACCUGUAUAACAACAAACUCUCUGGCCCUAUCCCAUCAGAGUUUGGAAGCUUGAUUAACCUAGCAAGUUUAGACCUUUCUGGAAAUCAGCUUUCAGGUCCAAUUCCUAAAACAUUGUGGGAUCUCACAAACCUUCAAGGCUUACAACUUUUCUCCAAUAAUCUCAGUGGUACAAUUCCACCAGAGAUUGAAAAUUUGGCUUCAUUGGCUACUUUUGACGUCAAUACAAACCAGCUGUAUGGAGAGUUGCCACAGAACAUUUCUCGCCUCCCUUCUUUAAAGUCAAUCUCUCUGUUUACCAAUAAUUUCUCUGGCAGCAUUCCUAGGGAUUUUGGGAAGUAUAUUCAGUUGACCUAUGUUAGCUUCUCUAACAACAGCUUCUCCGGAGAAUUGCCACCUGAGUUAUGCAGCGUUUUUGCUCUUGAAGAUUUUACUGUAAAUGGCAAUAACUUUACAGGAUCAUUGCCUGCUUGCUUGCGUAAUUGUAAAAAUCUGAAUAGAGUCCGACUUGAUGGCAACCAAUUCACGGGUAAUAUCACGGAAGCGUUCGGAGUUCAUGAAAAACUUGAUUUUAUUUCUCUAAGCAACAAUCAAUUUAUUGGUGAAAUCUCCCCUGUGUGGGGAGAAUGCAGAAAUCUCAGUAACCUGCAGUUGGACAGAAAUAGAAUUUCCGGAGAUAUUCCUGCUGAGCUCGGAAGUUUGACUCGCUUGGGAGUUCUAAGCCUAGACUCCAAUGAACUAACUGGGGAAAUUCCGAAUGAAUUGGGAAACCUCGGUCAGUUGCUCAAACUCAAUUUGAGUAGUAAUCACCUUACAGGAGAGAUCCCUCACAGCAUAGGCAAUUUCAGUAUGCUCCAGUAUCUCGAUUUGGCAAAUAACAAAUUGACUGGAGAUAUACCUGAGGAUCUAAAGAGUUGUGAAAAAUUAUUGAGCUUGAACUUGAGCUUCAAUGGUUUAUCAGGUGAAAUUCCACCCGAGCUUGACAAUUUACUCGAAUUGCAGUGCAUGCUGGACCUCAGCCGCAAUUCACUCUCCGGAUCAAUCCCUCAAAAUCUGGGAAAGCUUACGAAACUGGAAAAUCUCAACUUGUCGCAUAACAAGCUCUCAGGGAGUAUUCCUGAAUCGUUAUCUGGCCUGAUCAGUCUACAUGUUGUUGACUUCUCCUACAAUGAGUUAUCAGGUCAAAUUCCAAGUGGCAGCAUGUUUAAGAAUGCAUCUGAAGAUGCUUUUGCUGGAAACUCAGGUCUGUGUGGAGAUGCAGCAGGAUUAACUUCUUGUAAUUUACCAUCCGCCCCUGGAAAAUCCGCAGACAAGAAAAAGAAGGUUCUUAUAGGUGUCAUUGUUCCUCUAUGUAGCCUGCUAAUUCUUUCACUCAUUAUUGCUGGAGUUUCAAUUUAUGGGCGCAAAACCAAACUCAUUGGUGAGGAGGCGAAAAGCAGUCAAUGGGGUGAUAGUUCUGAGUCGUUGAUAUGGGAGAGAGAUGGAAAAUUUACUUUUGGGGAUAUUGAAAGGGCCACCCAGGAUUUUAGUGGGGAAUACUUCAUUGGAAAAGGAGGAUUUGGAAGUGUGUACAAGGCCUUAUUGCCGAAAGGUCAAAUGGUUGCAGUUAAGAAACUUAGUGUGUCAGACACCAGUGAUGUUCCUUUUUCCAAUCGCCAAAGCUUUGAGAAUGAGAUACGUGUGUUGACAGAUGUUAGGCACCGGAAUAUUGUAAAGCUACACGGGUUUUGUUCUAAGAGAGGAUGCAUGUACUUGGUUUAUGAAUAUGUAAAAAGAGGUAGUUUGAGGAAAGUUCUGUAUGAGUUGGAAGGGAAAGUAGAGCUGGACUGGGCUGCGAGAGUGAAAAUUGUGCGAGGAGUGGCGCAUGCAAUUGCUUACUUGCACCAUGACUGCUCACCACCUAUUGUGCAUCGGGACAUAUCCUUGAGUAAUAUCUUGCUUGAGACAGAUUUUGAACCACGACUCUCCGAUUUUGGCAUUGCAAGACUGUUGAAUCCGGAUUCUUCGAACUGGACCGCACUUGCUGGGUCUUAUGGCUACAUGGCUCCAGAACUUGCACUUACAAUGCGGGUCACAGAAAAGUGUGAUGUUUAUAGCUUUGGAGUGGUGACAUUAGAAGUUAUGAUGGGAAGGCACCCGGGUGAACUCCUGACUUCUCUAUCUUCAUCAAAAAAAUCAUUGCCAGAAAAUCCUGAAUUGUUUUUAAAGGAUGUGUUAGACCAGCGGCUCCCACCUCCCACUGGCCAAUUAGCAGAAGAAGUGAUGUUUGUGGUGACUGUAGCAUUAGGAUGCACGGGUACCACUCCGGAAGGACGACCUUCUAUGCGUUUUGUUGCACAAGAAUUGUCUGCAAAGACCCAGGAUAACCAUAACAAGCUAACAAGCUUUCAAAAGUAGAACAAACUUUGGAAAGAGCUUUGUUGGUUUUGCCUACAGUUGUAUGCCAAUUUCAUGUUUCAGUAAUAUGUAUACAAUAAGAGUGUUGGGUAUUUCGUCCGAAAUGCGAUUACUUUGUACCAGUGAUCACUGCUAGUAUUUAUGUGCAAAAUAAUUAGCUUAUAAAUCAAUUAUGUAUUA